AUGAAGCACUGCUUUUACAAUGAGACCGUGGGGUUCUUCUACAACAACAGCCGCAAAGAGCUGACCACGUACUGGAGGACGAAGGAUGUCUUGGUGGUUGCCCUGGGCCUGACAGGGAGCGUCAUCGUGCUCCUCACCAACCUGGGGCCCAGGACGGCAGAGCUCUCCCUGAAGACCUGGUUCAUCCGGCAGAGCCUGCUGGACACCAGCUUGACGGCCUCCGUGGUGAACCUGCUGGCGAUCGCCGUGGAAAGGCACCAGACUGUUUUCACCAUGCAGUUACACAGCAAAAUGUCCAACCAGCGCGUGAUGAUCCUCAUCUUCUGCAUUUGGGUCACGGCCUUGCUCCUGGGGACCUUCUGGGCCAUCUCCAACCUGGUCAUCUUCCUCAUCAUGGUGGUGGUGUACACGCACAUCUUCAUCUACGUCAAGAGGAAGAUGACGCGGAUGUCCAAGCACACCAGCUUUCACCCCCGCUACAAGGAGACCAUGAUCAGCCUCGUCAAGACGGUCACCAUCAUCCUAAGUGCUUUUGUCAUCUGCUGGACUCCAGGCCAAGUCGUGCUCCUCCUGGAUGGCUUGGGCUGCAAGAGCUGCAACGUUCUGGCUGUGGAGAAAUACGUCCUCUUGCUGGCAGAGGUCAACUCGCUCAUCAACGCUAUCGUCUACUCUUACAGGGACAACGAGAUGCGCAGCACCUUCCGGAGGAUCCUCUGCUUUGUGUGUUACAGGAAUUCCAAAUACACGCCCACGGCGGUGAAGCUGAACACGGCGGAUCGCAGGACACUUUCUCAGAACGGGCACUUCACCGUGGAUUCCUCGAUUUAG